AGGAGGAGGAGGAGGAGGAAGAAGAAUGGCGUGCGCAUCGUUUUAAAACUCCCUUUGGCACAAGAACUGUUCCCUUUCCAGGAAUCACACACUGCCGCUGUCAGAGCGGUAUAAGCCCCUAAUCGUGCUCCAGAGAAACAACAACCAAGUUACUAACUACAUUUGCUAGCCAUUCCAAGCUACAUCAUAUUCAAUCAUUUGUGUUCGAAAGCAUCCAUGAUUUCGUUAAGUAGGAGUAAGAUCGCAUUUAGAGCAUCGCUCUCUCCUUGGUGAAGUCAAUGACCGUAUUCACACAUUUGAAGUCAAUUAUGUCUAUGCCCAUUGAAACCGAGACUCAAACAUCGGCAUCGGAUGAUUGUGCAGGUUGUCACAGAGCAAUAAAUGACAGGUUUUUACUCAAGGCUUUAGAAAUGUAUUGGCACGAGGAUUGCCUGAAAUGUGGAUGCUGUGAUUGUAGACUAGGUGAGGUUGGAUCCACACUCUACACCAAAGGGAAUCUCAUUCUUUGCAAGAGAGAUUAUUUGCGUCUCUUUGGUACAACGGGUUAUUGUUCGGCUUGCAAUAAAGUUAUUCCUGCCUUUGAAAUGGUUAUGCGAGCCAGAGCGAAUGUUUACCACUUGGAGUGUUUUGCUUGUCAACAAUGUAACCACAGGUUUUGCGUUGGGGACCGCUUUUUCUUAUGCGACAACAAAGUUUUAUGCGAAUACGAUUAUGAAGAACGGAUGGUUUUUGCAAAUUUUCCUUCCAGUGGAAUUGCUCAUAUCAAACACAUAACCAACAGAAACGGUCCAUUUCGUCAAAAUGAGAGGGACCAAGGACAAUCAUUCCUGAAUUAUACCCGAACCAAUCACACCUCACAAGGUCAACGUCUUCCAAACUCAACAGCCCAGCCUUCAACCGACGUGAAUCAAAGAAAUGUUAACUCUCAAGUAAAAGGACCGGGAGAUAUAUCUCCUUCAAUUCCAGCGUUGUGACUUCAAAAAAUGGAAAUAAAUAGAUUGGAGAAGCUA